AACACACUCUAUAUUCUUACUCGCCAUUUUUCCAUACUCGCCAAAAUCAGUGCUGCUAAAGAUGUAUAUAACAUUCAUCAUCUGCUUCCUCCUCAACUUGGCCGCGAUCCAGGCGGAGAUGGUGGAUCUCCGGCCCGGAUUUUACUCCGAGACGUGUCCAGAAGCGGAGGAGAUUGUCAGGGGCGUGAUCAAGAGGAACAUGGAAAAAGAGCCCAGAAGCGCCGCCUCAGUGAUGCGCUUGCAGUUUCACGACUGCUUUGUUAACGGAUGCGAUGCGUCGUUGUUGUUGGAUGAUACGCCGGACAUGUUGGGAGAGAAGCUUUGUUUGUCGAAUAUAAAUUCGUUGAGGUCAUAUGAAGUUGUUGAUGAAACUAAGGAAGCUGUGCAGAUAGCCUAUCCUGGUGUUGUUUCCUGUGCUGAUAUCGUAAUCAUGGCUGCCAGAGAUGCUGUUGUUCUGAGUGGAGGACCUAAGUGGGAAGUUAGGAUCCGUCUCAACCCAAAUUUAUUACAUGUACCAUGUCAUGAGGAAAAGAGAAUAUGA